CUCUGUGAUUUGGAUAUGUUCUGAAGAAAUGUAAGUAUACAGUUUGAUUUUUGUUGCGGCAGAGAAUGCAAAGGUUUUGAUCGAUUGAGGAGCCUGUAGCAUUGGCGGUGAGCUUAGAAAUCCGAUCGAAGGAAUAUAUUGUGUUUCUUUGUUGGACUUUGAUUAGUGCUGAAGAUUUCCUUGCAUAUUUUUUGGAUUUUGAUAUUCACGGAUGAAUAGAUUUUGUAUUUGAAUCAUGUCGAACUUUGGCGUCAAUCUUACGAUCUGGAGAAGUCGAAUUCAGUGAUAGAUUAAGGAAAAGCAAAGGGGGGUGGGUCCAAUGAACUUUGGGAUGGAGAAGCAGAAGAGCUUUAAGUACAGGACUAUGGAAAAGCAGAAGAGUUUUCUAGAAAGAAGGAUCAAGGAAAGCCCUGGGAGGCGAGGAGAUACAACGCUUCAUCUUGCUGCGAGAGCUGGAAACGCCGUCGAUGUUCGGAAAAUUCUUUCAGAUUGCGGUGAUGUUCAAUUAAAGGAUGCGAUAUCUAAGCAGAAUCAGGACGGGGAGACGGCGCUGUAUGUUGCCUCGGAGAGAGGGCAUGCUGAGGUGGUGCGCGAGAUUCUGAAAGUCUCUGAUGUUCAAUCAGCUGCUAUUAAGGCCAAUAACAGCUUCGACGCCUUUCAUAUUGCCGCUAAGCUAGGCCAUUGUGGAUUACUGAAAGAGCUAUUGCAUUCCUUCCCUUCAUUAGCCAUGACAACAAGUUCUUCCAAUGCUACUGCUCUGGACACUGCUGCAACACAAGGUCAUGUUGAAAUAGUCAAUCUUCUUUUAGAAACAGAUGUAAGUCUAGUUAAGAUUGCGAGGAACAAUGGAAAAACUGCUCUACAUUCAGCAGCCAGAAUGGGCCAUGUUGAAGUGGUGAGGUCCCUUUUAACUAAGGAUCCCGACAUUGGAUCGAGGACCGAUAAGAAGGGACAAACCGCAUUACACAUGGCCGUAAAAGGAAGUAAUGUAAUGAUUGUCCUCGAACUUUUGAAACCCAAUUCUUCGAUCAUCAACGCAAAAGAUAAUAAAGGCAACACUCCAUUGCAUAUUGCAACAGGGAAAAGUCGUCGUGAGAUUGUGCAAGCUCUAGUAUCAGUUGAAGGCAUCGAUGUCAAUUCACUCAACAAAGCAGACGAAACGGCCCUCGCCAUCGCGGCAAAAAAUGGCCUCGAAGAAGUCAUCGCCAUCUUGAGUUCAGCUGGUGCAUCCUCUUCCAUAGAACAAGGCAACCACUUGAACCCAGCAAAACAACUGAAGAAAACUGUCAGCGACAUCAAACACGACGUCCACACCCAGCUCAAGCAGACCCAACAGACCGAGUUGCGAGUCAUCCAUAUAAAAAAAAGGCUACGAAAAAUUCAUGUUGGCGGACUUAACAAUGCUAUAAACUCCAACACCAUUGUCGCCGUCCUCAUCGCCACCUCGGCCUUCGCCGCAAUAUUCACUGUUCCAGGCCAGUAUGUCCAGAAUCCGGAAGACGGUUCUUCGCUCGGUCAAGCCAACAUUGCCAACUCUUCCUCCUUCAUUAUUUUCCUUAUUUUUGAUUCCCUCGCGCUCUUCAUAUCUCUUGCCGUUGUUGUUGUCCAGACUUCCUUGAUUGUCGUCCAGCAGAAGGCGAAGGAGCUCAUGGUUUUCAUCAUCAACAAGCUGAUGUGGGUGGCAUGCCUUUUUAUCUCCGUCGCCUUCAUCUCCCUAACCUACAUUGUCGUCGGCGGAAAAGACUGGUGGCUGGCAUGGGGGACGAUGGCAAUCGGUGCGUCAAUCAUGCUCAUUACAAUAGGGGCGAUGUGUUACUGUAUUGUUGUGCAGAGGAUGGAGGAGAUGAGCUUGAGAGACAUUGAGAGGGGUUCAGGGAGCAGAUCCAGAUCAUGGUCUCUGUCAAUGGUCUCAGACUCAGAGGUAGGAAACAAUGACCACAAAAGUUUUUAUGCACUUUAGACUCAAACAAAUUUAUAUUUGCAUGCUCAUAUUUGUUGCUUGCAUGAGUGUUAUUUAUAUACAUCUGUUGACAAUUUUUAGGAAAAGGAUUGGACA